AUGGCAAAAGCCAAAGGCCAGAAAAACGCCAAGAAUGCAAAGAGCCACUUGAAAGCUCGUAUGAAUUUCCUGGAUAAAGCUGCCAGGCAUCUGCAGACCGCAAUGCAAACAAAUGCGGCUGAAAAUACUACUAGCGACCUCUGCGACGAAGAGAUGCAGCAGCCGACGUCCCAAAGAACCAAUGCGCCAGAUACAAAGUCUGCUAAGGGUCAUCAACAAUCAACGACCAGGCCUUUGACGAAUCUCUCCAGAGUCUACCUCUCUCAGAUGCGUGGCGUUUCGCUGAAGACGCUGACCCGUCUACCCAUACCCGUGAAGAGAUCAUAUUGCAAGCGAUGUGAUACGCCUCUCACUUCCGGGUCUACUUGUGUGCAGGAAAUUCAGAACUCCAGCCGAGAACGCAAAAAGCCGUGGGCGGAUGUCCUAGUUGUGCGCUGUUUGGUUUGCGGCACUGAAAAAAGAUUCCCUCAGACCGAGCGCAAGAGCAAGAAGCUUGUGGAACGUCGAGCUCAGGCUCAUGCCCAGCUGCAGCUGCAGACACAAGCACAAACGCAGGUCCAAGAGGGUGCUUCAUGA